AUGUUAAAUUUGAGUAGAAACACGAGAUUCUAUCAUUAGCACAUGAAUCUAAGAGCCUCGCAAACUUUCAAUUUUGAAAAUUCAAAAUAAAAUUAGUUAGUUUAGCAUUAAAGCAGAAAUUUCUAUCGAUUUUUCUACAAAUUGUUGUUUAAGAAGGAUGAUUCCAUUAAUGUCCCCGAUUCUCAUCAAGAGGAGGAUAUGGAUAUAAAAUUAGCAAGAGAUAAAUAUGUGUCAGAGUAAACUAAAGAAAUGCUAUAUGUAAUUAAAGAGGACAAAACACCUAAAGGAGUUAAGUUUUCAUUCUUCAUGCUGAGUUUCCCAUUAUUGUGUACCACUGCUUAUUUAGGAAUGCUUGCACCUCUACUUAGCAUUGGUAGUAUGGAUCCUGCAAGUUUUGCCUAUGUAGCUAGAACUAGUGUGAGACUUCUAGCUUUGAACAUUUCAUUUGUUGGUGGUAUUCAUUACGGCCUUGCUUCAGCUUGCUAUGAGACAGCUAUCACUGACAAAGAAAUGAAAGCAAUUAAAUAUCAGAUGAUAUACAGUUUCCUCCCUGCAGCAUUCAGCUUUUCUAGUGCUUCUUUCCUUCUCUUUGCAAGUCCUUUAACAUUAGGGCAUGUAUUAUUCUCAUUUUCAAGUUUAAUGCUCAUUCAACUGAUUACACUGCAAGUAGACAUGAAAUGUGUUGAGAAAGGUCUCGCCCCAAAAUGGUUCUUGAAGUUUAGAUCACUUGGAUUCUCACUAUAUAUGAUCAUAACCACCAUUAUAUUCCUAAUUUACUACUCAAAGCUUGAAUAUCUCCAAAGAACUUAUGACAGAAACAGAAUUACAAAUAUCAAAACUGCAUUACAACUAGAAGAUAUCGAUUUCAUAAACAUGGUAAAUGACUUGAACCUAGAUUAUGAUGAGAGAGAUCUAAGAGCAAUUGAGAGAUAACUAAGUUCUCAAUACGAAUAAGAUGAUACAUUCAGCAAGGACAAGGGAGGUGUAGUUCUAUGA